AUGUGUCUGCGAGCAAUAUGCCAUUAUGAGUUUUGUGGUGAACAACCAUACUCUUACAUUUUGUACUUCUGUGUGGAUGUCAACAAAGGAAAAUGCAAAAGCAUACAUACAGUUACUUAUCCUGUGCAGGAUAUCUGCCCCGAAUGCUACAUGCUGGAUGAUCCUAGGAUAUCCGAAGGAUUCAACCCUGCCUCCUUAAAAGCAUUUGAGGAGCGGUGGAAAUUCGAACUAGCCCACUUUGAAGAACUCAAUGCACUGGAAGGUAUUGAUGGCAUAUUUGCUCGAGCCGAAGAGUAUAAAAGAGAACGCGUCAAAGAAGGAGAGAGGGAAAGUCUUCUUGUCUUUUGCUCAGAACUGAACCGUGAUGUUAUUCGACAUCUUGAGCGACUGGUCAAUGAACGGCUUCUAACGUAUACUUGGUCCAAUGUCCUAAAUGGUCGAGGACAAGAAAUAUCGAGAGAGCGCAGAUUAACAAUAUUACAGUUACACCAAGCCUUAUAUUGUGAGAAAGUUGGAAUUAUAGGCCAAAUAUAUAGAUGUUUUUAAUCAAUCAAUCAUAUGAUCUUCUAUAGUUAAAUAUAAAAAGAAAGUUUUUGUUUCUUCUUUUGAGAAUAAUUAACCUUCUAUAUAUAUACAUUUGAAUUUAUAUAAUAUCAAUCCCAAAACUAUUAUGAAUCCUGUUUUCUUUAUAAAUGAUAUAUUACAAUGUAAUCUAAUUCAGCUUUCUCUUCCAAUCCCCUUCUCACAGUAUGCUAUCGGGAUGAACGUAUCUCGACCUACCACUUUUACAAUAUUAUAGUUGUUUAUUCACGAGUAUAAAACGUAGAGUAAAAGCAAUGCCAGAGAUGGGUAAAUUGAGAAAUGCAAUCAACGCAGGGGCACCAUGGGUCACAACGGUUGUCACCGACCCUGCGCUUCUCAAAGAAUACUGUGUAAUCUGCAAGAUGGAGCCGCUGAGCAGUAAAACAACAGUACAGCUUCCAUGCAGUCAUAUGUAUCACGAAGAAUGUCUCAAACUUUGUGUCGAAACACUUACUUGUCCCUACUGCCGGUCGAAAGAAGCUCGUGGCACAGAGCCCAAAUUAGCGGUGCCAACAGUAGGUCCUAUCACCGAUUGGCUUUUUGCGAUACAUCCUUUUGAUCGGCGCGACCUCCGACGACCUUCUCCUACAUGGGAAGAAAAUGAAGCAUUGACGGAUAUUUACAAUGAUGCCCGCGACAAAGCCUUCAAGUUAUCUGAGCCUCUCGGGCCGCUAUAUAGGAAACUUUCGGGCAUUAGACAACGUACAGAAUUGCUAGAGCGAAAAAUCGAGCCUAGCUUUUUCGACGUUGUUCGAAAGAAUUCCCAUAAUUUGUCAGAGGCUCAAGUAGGAAGAAUUCGUCACGCUCAGGGACAUAAUGAGGAGAGGAGUGUAGAGGUUGACCACUAUGGUCGCAAACACUUCGAGGCUAUCGGAAAGGUCAAUCAAUUCGACUAUACGGAUUUUAUUCGUAGAAACAACGUAUAUCAAGAAUGGAUCUACGCGAAAUACCUCGAUUCAGAUGAAAAGAAAAAGCAGGUCUCAGGAAAGACAUUGGAUGCACUUUACGCACCUCUCGAAUUCCUCCCGUCUGAGGAUGUAUCAGAGCUCGCGUCUCUUAGAAUCGAUGAAGAAGAAGUAGUAAGAACGUUUUAUGAGGCUGUAGAUCAGUGGAGGGUUGCAAUAUAUGCGAGGCAAACUGCGGAGGAGGACUGGACUAUAUAUUUCGGCGAAAAUGAAGAUGAAUUUUGA